AUGAGGCAGGUUGACUAUCCAGUCCGUCCACCACCCCGCCGCCAGGCUGUGCCUCUCACUGACAUCUCAUCCUUCCCUGUCACUCAACCUCCCCCUACUCAUCAGCCAACCGAUACCAUGCAUUUCUCAACUGUUGUUGGCGCCGCUGCACUGGCUACCCUCGCCAACGCAAGCCCUCUCGUCCGCCGUCAAGGUCCCGCCGUCGGCCAGGUUAUCUCCAAGUGCACACAGAACGGCGUCGUCGCCCUCACCUUUGACGAUGGCCCCUUCACCUACACCUCCCAGCUGCUCGACACCCUCGCCGCAAACAACGUCAAGGCCACCUUCUUCGUCAACGGCAACAACUGGGGCAACAUCGAGACGGCACCCGGCCCGGACAACAUCCGCCGCAUGAAGGCCGAGGGCCACCUCAUCGGUUCCCACACCUACUCCCACCCGGACCUGAGCACCCUCUCCUCGGCGGACCGCAUCUCUCAGAUGACCCAGCUCGAGGACGCAACCCGCCGUAUUGCCGGCUUCGCGCCCAAGUACAUGCGCGCGCCGUUCCUCUCCUGCGACGCCGCGUGCCUGAGCGAUAUGGCCAGCCUGGGCUACCACGUCAUUGACACCAGCCUCGAUACGAAGGAUUACGAGAACGACACCCCCGAGACCACGCACAUCUCGGCUGAGAAGUUCAACAACGAGCUCAGCGCCGACGCCGCGGGCAACAGCUACAUUGUUCUCUCCCACGACGUCCAUCAGCAGACUGUCGUUUCUCUGGUGCAGAAGAUGAUCGACAACCUCAAGUCCAAGGGCUACCGCGCCGUCACCGUCGGAGAGUGCCUCGGCGACGCUCCCGAGAACUGGUACAAGGCCUAG